UUUUCUUUUUCUUUUUAGAAAAAAAAAAGAUAAUAAACGAAAACGCUCAUAAAGAAGAACAAUUCUCUUCAGUGACGUUCAUUUCCCACCAUGUAUGUUACAGCGUCCCUCUUGAUUGACAUCAUAAUUGGUGGCCAGUUCGCCUAACAUAAGCCACGCGGCUGCCUGGCUGCCCAAUGCUUCUCGUCAGAGAAACCCAACACGGGAUGCAUAAAUCCAAGAAAUCUGUCUUAAAGGCUUCGAGAAGGGUCGUUCUCGAUGAUAGGAGGUCUUCACUAUCCCUGGCAUUAUCAAGACAGCAUCGACGAAUUUUCCAACAAAAGAGUAGUCUGGACGAAUCCAACGAUCAUCAGAACGAAAGCGAAGGCGACGGCGAGGAAAUCAAUAGUGAGGAAGAUUGCGAAGGAUCCGACGACAAGGAAGCCAAGAGCGAGGAAGACUACAAGGAAACCGACGACGGAGAACACAGCGAGAGACAUAGCGAAGACGACAAUAGGCCAGACCCUCACAACAAACCCGUUCACUCGUUUGGAAGGCGCGGAGCACACCUAGACUUCAUACUUGGAGCAGAGCGACCGGAUCAGAAGUCCGAACCGACUCAACAUUUAACCCCUAAGCCUGUCAAGCCAAAGGUACAUUCUGUGCAAAUUACUAUUUCCGACGAUAGAACCCACGAUAGCGAGCAUCAGCGCGAAAGUCGAAUAUAUACAGCUCUAAAUCGAGAUAGAAAAGUUGACAAAAACUUGGGCUUUAACCGCAGUAAGGUUAAAACUAGUGUGGGAGAAAACGAAAAGGCGAACAAAGAUAAGCAACCGGGCGUUGGAAACAACGGUCUUCAACUCGGUGGCUUCGGGCCCGCUAUAUAUCCCGGCGCUUCGCAAGAUUACCAAAUGCAAUCGAUGCUCCUCCAACAGCAGCCCCUAAAAAUUUCAAUGGCUGGUCUAAAAUACAUGACGAUGGAAACGAACACAAGCAUCGAAGGUCCCUCCACCUCCGGCUUGGGCGCGGCCCACGUCGGGAGUGGUGGUAGUGGUACAUGCAAGGAUUGUUUCCAGUCCUUCGCAAAAGUAUUAGAUAUCCCCGAGGAAUCCGCGUUGAACUUGGAGAGCCUUCAAGCGUAUAUCCGUGACCUUCAAGGAGUAGCACGUCAUCUGCCAAAGCUCAGGUACCAGAUAGUUCACCGCAUAGAUAACCUUAGUGGUUCCCCGCGGAUGUACCUUGACCCCCCAUUAUGGAUAGACGGCGCAAACAAGAAGAAUGAAGCUUUGGUGGGAAACCUACCAAUACGGGACAUUCCAUUUUAUCUUGAGAAGAAUCCAGAGGUUUGCUUCAUGGUAUAUCGGAACUAUACCAGCUCGACCAAAACCGAGAAAGACCCCGGCGAUGUUGCGCCCUGCCCAGAACACCGGUCGGAAACAAUCGAUCUAGCUUCUGAGGAUUUUACUGCUACAAUGAUGCAGUUUAUGAAUUCCCAAGGCUUUAAUAUCGACACUACCGAAGGCUCAUCGAGGGGAAACAAUCUCCGAGAUAAUGGAUCCAUUGAACUCUCAGCUCCGUAUCCUGCCAUCUACCACACCCGAGGAGAAACACUGAACCCUUUCCUAGAAUCUCUAGGUCCCUUACAGCAGGAAAAGCUUCGAUUGUUAGUCUCCUACGUUACUUCACAAUAUGGAGACGAAUAUGAUGCUGUCAAGAAAAUGACUGAUGACGGGAAGAUUAUGACGCGAUAUCUUCCAUACCUUUUCAAGCCUGGAGGCGUGGUCGUGCAGAGAACAGCCAAUGAAGUAAGAGGCUUUCUGUGCAAUUCCUGGGCUACCCCAGAGUUUCGCCGUUCCCCGAAGGAAACGUCGUCCAGAAAGGGAGAGGGCAGAAGGCACUAUUUCAUUAAAGCCCGCUGUUGGACUUUUGAUGGUGUGUUUUCAUGCAAGGAUUCCCUCUUAGACUGGGACACCGAUACGCAGAACGACUCGGUUCUGGAAGUCGAGAAGCUCAAUAUUUUCCCCUUAGAAUACGCUAGCAAAGGCUUGAAAGCCAGGCUUCGUAAUAGGGGAGAAUGGUUUUGGAAGUGCCGCACAAGACACCUGGUCUCAUACCAUGAAGGCGGGGAUCGAGAGUCACACUACUCGGGUGACGAAAGAUAUAUGGUCGACAUGGCGGUGUACCGUGAGCUACAUAAACCCGAAGAGGGCAAAAACGGGUCUCGUGAUCGGUUCUCAGAGAAGCCAGGCACAGAUGACCUAGGUCCCGAAGCAAUGAAGCAAGAUAAACCCCCCACCGAUGAAUUCCUAUACUUAUUACCUACUACAAUCAAGGGAUUCAACUUGAGAAAGAAAAAAUGGUUGGAUCUGAAAGUUGACAACAUAUGCGAAGUAACAUGGAAUACAAAAGCAUUCGAGAGGCUUGUUCUUAAGGAGGAAACGAAGAGAUUAGUACGAGCUCUCGUCAGUGAUCAGAUCGAGACCGAAAUGUCAACCGACCUCAUCAAUGGAAAAGGAAAUGGUUUAAUCCUAUUGUUACAUGGAGGGCCAGGCACAGGGAAAACCUUAACUGCCGAGAGUGUUGCUGAGAUCGCGCAGAAGCCUCUAUAUCCCGUUACUUGCGGUGACAUAGGGACGGAACCAGAAGAUGUCGAAACCUACCUCGAGUCAGUUCUUCAUCUCGGGAAGACUUGGGGGUGUGUGGUGCUCCUUGAUGAAGCCGAUGUAUUCCUAGAGCAACGCAGCCUUGAAGACCUCCGUCGAAACGCCUUAGUGUCUGUGUUCCUCCGGGUACUAGAGUACUACGAAGGCAUAUUAGUCUUGACGAGUAACAGAGUUGGAACCUUCGACGAGGCAUUUAGAUCACGUAUCCAGUUAUCUAUUGGCUACAAGAAUUUGGACUACUAUGAUCGCAUUAGGAUUUGGGAUAAUUUUAUCGCCCGCCUGGAGGAAUUGAACGAUGAUGGCAUUAAUUAUACGAGUCUAAAGGACCAUGUCAAGGAGUUGGCGGAAUUCAAAAUGAAUGGCAGGGAAAUCCGGAACGCCAUAACACUCGCGCGACAGUACUCCCGAUGGAAUCGAAAGCAACCCGGCCUAGAGAACGACGAGCUUGACUAUCGUGCGAUUAGAUCCACAAUCGAAACUGCGGCCGAAUUCAACCAAUAUAUUCAAAAAAUAAACGACGGAUACACUAGCGAUCAGGUUGCGAAAGACCUAGGCUGGAGAUGGGCAAAUGAUGCUACCGAUUCAAAUGGCGUAGAUUCUCGUAGCUAGUGUGGCCUUCAGGUCUCGUCUUCUUUGUUUUUUUUUCCCUUCUGCCUUACUUGAGUACCUGCGUACCUACCUAGGUACCUAGGUAGAUAUUCGGCGGUACGCCCGCCAUAUCUAUAUGGAGGAAUAGGUAUAAAGACUACAAUUACAGCGCUGGAAGCCCCUGCCGUCAACGCGGGGUAAUACCUAGGUACCUAGGUAGCCAUAACCUAUGCUUUAUAGACUUGGCACUAAACUUGGUUCUGAAGUCCGCUAUGACUUAGGUGUACAUUGAGUAAUAAAUACCCUUAAGGAAAUAUAU